AUGGAUUCAUUCACAGUGCAGAUAAAUCCAUUCACCAACGCGCGAAGAUUUAUUUGCUCAUGUGGAAAGAAGUAUACUCAAGAAAAAAGUUUUCGUAAACACAUGGCAUUCAUCCACAAAAAGGACACAGGAAUCGAGCUGAUCGAAGAAAAUAUUUACUGUAAUUUCUGCAACAGCGUCUUCAACAGAAGAGACAAUCUAAGUACUCAUCUCCAGCUGUACCACAGUAGUGGUAGCCUGUGUCUUCUUUGUGACAAACGGUUGGAUAUGAACGAAACGAGGAAAAUGCAUUUGCAGAAUGAGCACGGAAUGAAAUUGACCGUCACAUGUCACUGUUGCAAUAACACAUUCGAGAACAAGAUGGAGUACAAUAAACAUAUCAAAGGACAAAACAGUCAAAUGAUCAUUCUCAGCUCACACUUCGUCCAAGAAGUGCUCCAAAUGAAUAUCGAGAUUCCUAGCACUUCGGAAGUUCCAAAGGAUCCAAAGCCUUUGUCGAUCUGCACGCCAAAUCACCAGGAAGCAAAGAAGAAGAAGAAACAAGGGUUCCGAAUCGAAGAUCUCAUCUGA